AUGACAAGAGUUAAUGAAGUCAAUCCAAUUCCAGAGGAUACAACUCCUAAGAGCAAGAAAAACCAACAACCAUCGUGGAACACUGAACAAAAUUUAGUAUUAAUUAGUGGGUGGAUAAAAUAUGGAAUAUGCAGUGUUGUCGGGAGAAACCAGACAAGUGAACCAUAUUGGUGUAAAAUUGCUGAGUAUUGUAAUGAGCAUUGCUCAUUCAAUUCUCCGCGCGAUGCAGCUGCAUGCCAAAACCGUUUUAAUUAUAUGAGCAAAUUAAUAAAUAAAUGGGUUGGUGCUUAUGAUGGCGCUAAGCGUUUGCAAGGAAGCGGUUCGUCAGAAGAUGAUGUUUUGGCAAAAGCCCAGGAAUUAUAUGCAUGUGGGAAGAAUGUUCAAUUUACUUUAAAGGAAGAAUGCCGCGCUCUCCGUGAUCAACCACGUCAUGGUAGUCAAAUGGGAGGAAAUGUUGGGUCAGGAAAUAGUGGAUCUAAGAGAUCUCACGGGGACUCAGUAGGAUCUAGUGCUCGUCCAAUGGGUAGGGAGGCAGCUAAAAAAAAAGGUAAAAAGAAAAGCAAGGACGCUGCUUCCUUGGAGGAAGUGAAAAAGGAGUGGGUUGAAUUCAAAGAAAUCAAAGUACAAGAGAUUGAACAAUUGAAAUAG